UGCGGCAGUGGAGCAGGGAAGGCGCGCCUGGCGCCGCAGAUACCGGGCCGGAGGAACACUGCUAUCUCCCCGCGCAGCCGACACAGCUUCCCACAGGAGCAGCAGCCCGCACUCUGCGCAGACAUGGCGUGGUGCGGCGCAGGUCUCCUGGCCCUGGUGCUGCUGUGCGCCGUCUCCAGCAUCCAGGCCUCCAGCAUCCAGGCCUCCAGCGGCAAGUGUGUCAGGAGGGUGCCGUACGUCAGCCGGGAGAGCUACUCCUUCAUCCAGAACCGCCGCGUCAAGUACCGCGGCUGGUGCUUCGUGGUGCGCUGCGAUAAGGAGCGGUGGCAGCCGGAGACGCACUGGGAGACGCGCACUGUGAUGCGCUACCGCAGCGAGGAGCACUGCUGCAGCGGCUACAAGGAGGCAGACGGCGGCAGGUGUGUCCCGCACUGCUCGCAAGGCUGCGAGCACGGCGCCUGCACUGCGCCCGACACCUGCAGCUGCGACAGCGGCUACGUCAGCGUGUCCGUGCACAGCUGCAUCCCGCACUGCCCCGGCGGCUGCCUCCACGGCACCUGCACGGCGCCCGACAUCUGCAGCUGCCACCCCGGCUACAAGAACGAGAACGCGACCUCCUGCGCCCCCGUGUGCGCGCGACGCUGCAUCAACGGCAGAUGCACGGCGCCCGGCAGCUGCAGCUGCGACCCCGGGUACAGGCGCGGCAGGUACAGCGCCCAGGUGUGCGAGCCGGUGUGCCCAGGGGGGUGCGUGUACGCGGUGUGCGUCGCGCCCGACACCUGCCGCUGCCUCAGCGGGUUCGUCAAGGACUCCAACCGCUCCUGCGUGCCUCACUGCCCGGGCGGCUGCGCCAACGGCUCGUGCACGGCGCCCCGCACGUGCACGUGCAGCGAAGGGCACGUGAAGGACGUCUCGGACUCCUCCGGCAGGACCUGCAUCCCCCACUGCCCGGACGGCUGCAGUAACGGCAGGUGCACGGCGCCUGGUGUGUGCUCGUGUGACUCCGGCUAUGUCAAGGACACCUCGGAUGUCUCCGGCAGGACCUGCGUGCCGCACUGUCCGGGCGGUUGCAGUAACGGCUCGUGCACGGCUCCUGGGGAGUGCACGUGCAACACUGGUCACGUCAAAAACCCGGCGGAUGCGUCAGGGAGAGCCUGUGUCCCCCACUGUCCCGACGGAUGUGAGGACGGAGUGUGCACGGCGCCUGGCGUGUGCACGUGUGACACAGGCUAUGUGCACAACACCACAGACCCUUCGGGAAGAACCUGCGUGCCGCACUGUCCCGAGGGAUGUGUCAACGGCACGUGCACCGCGCCUGGGAUAUGUACCUGUAACAAAGGUUACGUCAAGGAUACCCUGACCGCGACCGGAAACAUCUGUGUCCCCCACUGCUCCAAUAGUUGCAUUAACAGCGUGUGCACAUAUCCCGGUGAAUGCACCUGCAAUCAUGGCUACACGAAGUAUUCAACAAACGGCUUGAAUAAUACGUGCAUUCCGUAUUGCAGUAAUGGAUGUACAAACGGUACUUGCACUGAACCUGAAGUUUGUACCUGCUUUGCAGGGUAUGUGAAAGAUCCAGAAGACACUCUUGGACGGACGUGUACUCCAAACUGCCCUGAGGGCUGCGUUAAUGGAGUAUGUGUGCAACCUUAUACAUGCUCUUGUAAUGAAGGCUAUGUAAAAGAUACAAAUGAUUUUUCUGAUAGUGCUUGUGUUCCUUUUUGUCCACAUGGAUGUGCGAAUGGUGUCUGUGUGUCACCUGGAAACUGCGAGUGCUAUACUGGCUUUGAGAAAGAUACCGAUGAUUCGUUCAAUGCGAGUUGCAAACCAGUGUGUAAGAACAAAUGCAUAAAUGGAAACUGCGUUUUGCCAGAUACCUGUUCUUGCUAUGAAGGCUACAUUUUUGAUAACAAUGACAAAUUCAAAUGCAAUCCAUUCUGCAGUGGAGGAUGCAUUAAUGCGAAUUGCACUGCCCCAAAUAAUUGUACAUGUUGGGAGGGAUUCACAGAAGAUAAAAGCGAUGAAAGUGCUCGUUCGUGUAUUCCUGUCUGUGAGGGAGGGUGUGUCAAUUCAUGGUGCACACAACCAGAUUCCUGCACAUGCUGGGAAGGAUACGAAUUAGAUGAAGUGUCAGUCAAUAAAAAUGUAUGCAUUCCAGUGUGUUCUUCCAACUGCACUAAUGGUCAAUGCACAGCCCCUGAUACUUGCACAUGUUUCGAUGGCUAUAUUUUGGAUCCAAAUGAUGCAGAAAAUAACACAUGCAUUCCAAUCUGUGAAGAAGAAUGCAUUAACUCCAAAUGCGCUGCUCCAAAUGAGUGUGUAUGUUUUGAAGGUUACGAAAAGUACCUUCCAGUAGAUUCAAACAACACCUGUGUACCUUCAUGCAAAUAUGGCUGUGUAAACGGUUUUUGUUCUGCCCCUGAAGAGUGCACUUGCUUCGAAGGCUAUGAAAAGGUUGAAAACGAUGGGGAAAAUAACACAUGUCACCCCAAGUGCUCCGAAGGGUGCAUUAACAGCGAGUGUAGUGCACCAGAUGUGUGCAGCUGCUUCGACGGAUAUGAGAAACUCAAUAGUCGCGACAAUACGUGCUUUCCGAUCUGCGCAGGAGGGUGUACCAACUCAAACUGCACAGCGCCAGACACCUGUGAGUGUUGGCCUGGAUACCGCAGGAAUUCUUCAAACACGUGCACCCCGACUUGUUCCAAGCCGUGUGUCCGUGGCGUCUGCUCGAGCCCGGACGUGUGCACCUGCCUCGAUGGAUACAGACUGAACAUGCACGCGUGUGAACCGACGUGCCCUGGAGGCUGUCUCUUCGGGAACUGCACGGCGCCGGACGCGUGCACGUGCUGGCCCGGGUACGAGCUCUCGGCGGACGGGACCUGCGCCCCGGUGUGUUCCGGCGAGUGUGUGCACGGGUCGUGCCGACUGCCCGAGGUGUGCGAGUGUGACGCGGGCUACGCGUGGAGUGACACGGAAGGAGCCUGUGUGCCGUCAUGCCCUGGAGGAUGCGGCGAUGGGCAGUGCGUGGCGCCCGGGUCAUGCGAGUGCCCUCCCGGGUCCCCGUGGGACAGCUCUCUGCAGAGCUGUGUGGACGCAUGCUCGCAUUGCCACAAGGAGCACACAACAACGUGCUCCACAGACACCCUCGUGUGCCAGUGCCAGCCUGGCUGGACAGGAGCACGGUGCAGUGAGCAGUGUGCUGUCCUGCAGGCAGCAGCGAGCUGUCCCAGCCCCGAGACCUGCCCCUGUGACAACUACACGUGCGGCACUCAGGACAACCACCUCACUCACUGCCUGUGUCCGGCAGGAUCAUAUUCUUGCAAGAAAUCAGAGUUGCUAACUAAAAAUGAUUUCAAGACGUUGUCAUCACUGACCACAAUAGUUCUGCUGUCGUCGGUGGGAGCCUUGGCUCUUGUGCUGGCAGUGACGAAGAUUGCGGCUGCUUGCAGUGAUCGCUUUGCGUUUCAACACAAGCAUUUGCACGGAGAACAAGGUUCACUUAUCAUUCAGAAUCCAAAUUUUGUAUAUUCUAAUGAAGAGAAUACCGAAACAGAAGAUAAUUAUGGUAAUAGAAUAUUUAUGUGAAUAAUGAGUAAUAUCAUCUCAUAAGAAAAUGAAAAAAACCCUCUUUUUUUUAAAAAAAAAAUUGUAAAAGUUAACCGAGAAGAAGCACUGAAAACAACUCGACCCUAAUAAUACAAAAAAUAAUUGUAUUAAUUUCAUCCGGAGGAAAAGAAUUACCUAAAUUGCAUUAUUAUUAUUAUUAUUAUUAUUAUUUUCGAAGAAAAUUUUACUGUAAAACUUUAAACAAUUUUAAAAUGUCAUAAUAUAAUAACAUAAUAAAAUAUAUUUUUAUGACAUAGACGAGAUUAAGGUUGAAAUCUUGCGUUCUAGUUUCUUCCAGACUCCCUAUGUCCUCUUAAGCUAGUGCUCAUGAUUCAAACACUUGACUGAAGCCAGUCCCAAGGAUGUAUCGACAAGGCAGAAACAGCGAAGAUUGUCUUAAGUCCGUGUUGUGUGCGUUGGAAUGGAGCAUCUGUGUGAUAAAUUUUCUGCGGAACAUUCAACAGUCGCCGAGACUUGCUUCGUACAGGGAACAAUUUCACUGGAGUCGUAACUUAAGAACAGUUUUUUUUUAACAUGGUAAAUGUAUGUUAAAUUUUAUGAACACAACAAUUUUAAAUGCUCUCAGCUAGAACAUCAGCGGAUUUUUGGCAUAAAAAUAUCUUGGUAAAUGAUUUUAAACACAGAGAAUGCGCAUUUAAUCAACAUAAUAUUUUAUUCUGUAACAUGUGAACUAACGUUUUUCUCGUGGUGUAAAAUUUGAAAAUACAAUUUUUUUAUUUGUAGAGGACAUUUAGACACGAGUAAUGUUCCUUCAGCUGGUCAAUACAAAAACUUUAGGCAUCCAAAAUUCUAAAUUUUUGAAGAGCUGUUUCCAAACAGUAGUUAACACAAAAGUUGGAUUUAUGACGUACUAAGUAUUAUGUACUUUGGGAUGAUCCAAAUAAAGUCGUGGACCAUCUACAUAAAUUAAUGACUUCACGAUAACUGGGAAAAAUUCACAUGCUAAUGAGAUUCUUGCUAUUCUGUGGGGCUUGGGUGAAACUGGCUUUAUAUCAAAAUAAGUAGCGUUGUUCCAUUGCAUUCAAGACUCGUAGAGUCAGCCGUGAAAUAUUUCCAUGCAUAAAAGUGGUGAUCGAUGACAUUGUAUACAGCAUUCCAUAUUAAUCUGUGACUACAGGUUUUAGUUAUAUUUGAACUGCAUUUGACAUAUAUUUUAAAAUACACAUACUCCAAGUCCAUCACACAAAAGACAUGUGAGCUUGUUACUCAAGCAGUGAUACAUACUUUGAGACCCUCAGGCAUUUUCAAAAAUUUACAAAGAGACACAAGAAUGGGAUUUUAUAACAAAUCGUGCAGAGCAUUAAAAGCCAAAUAUUGAUGACUGUUCAGUCGACAGUGAAAUUAAAGUGGAGAAUAUUAAAAAUUUGGACUAAA